AUGCACUCCACAUCCAUUUUUGUUCGUGUGGCUCAUCGUUUGGAAGUUCGGACAGGAAAAGCGUUUAACCCACUGAAGUUGGCGGCGGAGAUCCUCACGACUGCGUGGACAGUGACCGUGAGCAGCGUUCGAGGCGCGCGGCCGAGGCAGGGGAGGCGGGAGCCGGGAGGGGAUCUGCCGAGACUCUCAGCCCGACGCUUCCCGCGCGGCCUCGAGCGGGCGGGGCGGGGCGGCGCCGGGAGCCGGGCGCGCAGCGCUGGCGUCACGCAGGGCGCCGCUGCGUUCGUUACCCUGGCGACCGGCGCCCCGACGCACAAGCGUGGCCCUAGCUGGGGGAGCGGGAUGCUCUCGAAGCGGCCGCGCGAUCCGCUCCGGGCCCUGCAGCGCUGCAACCGCGAGCUGAAACAACAGGUUGAUGGUUUGCUUUCUGAAGGCCAAUCGAAAGGAGCUCUAGAUGCCAGUAAGAAGCGAGAUAUUUACCAAAGAUGUAUCCAGUUACAACAUGCAAUAGAUGAAAAUAAAAACACUCUUCAAAAAUUAAGCAAAGCUGACGAGUCUGCCCCAGUGGGCAACUACAAUCAGAGAAAAGCGGAGGAGCAGAGUCUUUUGGAAACACUAACCCACCAACUACAAGAGCUCGCUGUGGCCGUGAGCAAAGACCACAUAACUGAAACGGGGACACAUACUGAAGGAUCGGAAGAUGAUAAUUCUGCUGAAGAAGGUGAAGAAGAGGAGGAGGAGGAUGAAGAGGAGGAGGAGGAAGAUAGUGAAGAAAGCGGGGAGGAGGAAAGAGUAGCAGAAGAAGACACACAGGAAAAUGAACCUCCCAAGCGGGCGAUCCAUGAAGAAUAUGUUGCUGUUGGAGAUUUCGCUGCCCAGCAGGUCGGAGAUCUUACAUUUAAGAAAGGAGAAAUUCUUCUUGUGGUUACAAAGAAGCCCGACGGCUGGUGGACCGCCAAGAACGCCAGAGGAGACGAAGGCCUUGUUCCCAGAACGUACUUGGAACCCUAUAUGAAAGAAAAGGACCAAGAAUCAAGUGGAGAAGGCAGUGAAGAAGCUGUGGAGGUUGUGGACGAAACAGUGGAUGGAGCAAGCAUUAAACAAAGAACCGAUUCCCACUGGAGUGCUGUUCAGAAAGCUGUCUCAGAGCAGAUAAGCACUGUUGAUGUGUUAACCACAAUGGGAGCCGUUCCUGCCGGGUUCCGGCCUUCCUCACUGUCCCAGCUCCUGGAGGAAGGGAAUCACUUUCGAGCAAGUUACUUCUUACAACCAGAGCUCACGCCUUCACAACUGGCCUUCAAAGACUUGAUGUGGGACACGGAGGCCGGCACGAUUAAGUCGAGGACAAGCCGUGUGUCGUUGGUCUUGACACUGUGGAGCUGUAAAAUGAUCCCUCUCCCGGGAACGAACAUCCAGGUGCUUAGCAGACAUGUCCGCCUCUGUCUGUUUGAUGGUAAUAAGGUUCUGAGCAACAUUCAUACGGUGAGAGCCACAUGGCAGCCCAAGAAAUCCAAAACAUGGACCUUUUCUCCCCAGGUCACCGGCAUCUUGCCCUGUUUGCUGGAUGGUGACUGCUUUGUCAGGUCCAACUCUUCAUCUCCAGACCUUGGGAUCCUAUUUGAACUUGGAAUUUCUUACAUCCGCAAUUCAACAGGCGAGCGGGGAGAGCUGAGCUGUGGCUGGGUGUUUCUGAAGCUUUUUGAUGCCAGCGGGAUUCCUAUCCCAACAAAGACUUACGAGCUGUUCCUGAGUGGUGGCACGCCGUAUGAGAAAGGCGUUGAAGUGGACCCUUCCAUCUCCAGAAGAGCGUAUGGCAGUGUUUUCCACCAGCUGCUGACAAUCAGAAGGCAGCCUCAACUUCUCGUAAAGCUGAGAACUUUGAGCAGAAAGUCGAGACAUAUGCUAAGUCUGCUGCCAGAAACAUUAGUUGGAAGCAUGUGCUGCGUUCACCUGUUGGUAUUUUACCGCCAAAUCCUUGGAGAUGUGCUCCUGAGAGACAGGGUGAACUUGCAAAGUGCUGAUUUGAUUAGUAAUCCAGUCCUGGCCACCUUCCCCAAGCUCCUGGAGCAGCCGGACAUCAUGGAUGCGCUCAGGAGUUCGUGGGCUGAGAAAGAAAGUACGCUAAAAAGAUCAGAGAAGAGAGACCAAGAGUUCCUGAAGGCUGCGUUUACCCUGGUGUACCACAACUCUGUGUACCCGCUUAUCCAUUCCAAGCUGCUGCCCCCAUUCCGGUGGGCCGAGGAAGAGACGGAGGCCACGCGAUGGAAAGUUAUCGCCAACUUCCUUAAGCAAAGCCAAGAGGAGGAGGGCGCCCUCCACGCCCUUUUGUCACCAGAAGGAGCUCAUGAGCCUUUUGACCUUUCAGAGCAGACUUACGACUUCUUAGGGGAAGUCAGAAAUAAUGUUACAUGACUUUCCAUGGAGUCUGGGGGCACUAACCUGUGAUGACAAAUAAGAGGGCCCAUCUAAAAUAGCUAUCACGUCAUCGUCACGUUUUAUUAUUUUGUACAGCUUUUUGUUCAACAAUUUGAAUGUUUUAAUGCAAUAAAAUAAAUUUUAUAAGGAAUGUCAUCCAAUAUAAAUUGAAAAAGAAUAUAUUUUUUCAAAGCUCAUCUAAUUUAAAUUGUACAUUAUCGAUUUAUAUAAAAGCAAGAUUUUAUCAACAGUUAAAUGUAUGAUCAUUCAAGAAUGUGAAAAGAUCAUGCACAGAAUGUUAAAAGAAAUUGUAAAUCAUACAUCUGAAAAAGAGUUUAGUAUCUAGAACAUCUUCUUUAUGAUGACUCCUAAUAAAAUUUAUGCUGUGAAAUGAA